AAGCCUGAGCAGGCUGGGGGUGGUCGGCGCGGAGAGAGCGGAAAACUGCAGCUUGCACCAUGGAGUUCGCCUUAUUUGCCCUUUUUACGUUAUUCACCCCGUUUUCCAGCGGUCUGGCGUUUUCCCGUAGAAAAGACGCGUGUCUGCUUCCAGUGGAAGAAGGUCCCUGCAUGGGAGAAAUCGAGCGCUAUUACUACAACACCUUCACGCAGAAGUGCGAGGUGUUUUAUUACGGGGGCUGCCAGGGAAACGCCAACAACUUUAAGAGCUACCCGGAGUGCCAGAAGACGUGCUUCAGGAUUCCCAAGAUUCCUCAAAUCUGCCGCUUCCCCAAAGCGGACGGUCACUGUCGCGGCUACUUUCCCCGCUACUUCUUCAACAUGACCACCAUGCAGUGUGAGUCCUUUUACUACGGGGGCUGCGGGGGCAACCCCAACCGCUUUCAAGAUCACGCGUCCUGUAUGGAGUACUGCAGUCCAAAGAAAGCUGUUCCUGUGCUCUGUCUGGACCCCCUGGACAAAGGCCGGUGUUCGGCGUCGAUAACUCGGUACUACUACAACGCGGCCACCAAGAUGUGCGAGGAGUUCGUCUACUCGGGCUGCGGAGGAAGCAGCAACAACUUCGUGUCCCGGCAGAGCUGCGUGGAUGUGUGCGUUCAAGGAGCGAAAAAACAGAAAAGCCAUGGGAAAGUUCGGCGCUUGAGGCGAAAUAGAAACAAUCGGAUCCCGUGGUUGCAGGCCUGAGAGCCUGAUGCUGUCCUGAGGAGUUCUGGCUUGGACAAGUCCUCAACGUUUGUUUGAGCUAACAUAACGACAAAGUCGUCUUCGUUGGUAUAGAGCUCGUACACACUUUACGACUGCGAUUCAAUUGUCUUAUAUACAUUUUUUUUCUUUGAAAUGUCCAAAUGGGAUUUUUAACAUGUAUUGUUUUGUUAAUAAUACUCAGAGCCAAAAUGUUAAUUUUAGACAAUAUAAACCUUCCUGAACAGCAAUCUUUCCCCACACAUUUUACCAACAUCACAAAAGGCGUGUGUUCUUUUAAGUAUGUCAACUUGUACUUUUUUUCUUCUUUAUUCUGAUGUUUUCAGUCAAAACCCUUCUUCGAAAGUCUUUUCUUGUCUGCCAUCUGUGGUGUUUACUAAAACUUGAUUAUUGUGCCUCUUAUUAUGUCUUAUGAGUCUUAAUGUACAUAAAGCAGAUUUAGAAGGUUUUUUUCUUUCUUGCACCCUAUUAAAAAUGCUGUGGAAAUAGAUAAUUUAUUACCCAGCUCUGUUUUUAUUUUUUAGUGUAUAUUUGUUAAUGGAGUCCCAUUUAAUGCAAAAUGUAAUGCAAACUAAUCAGCAGCUGGUUAUAUGAUAAUAUGCCCCUUUUUCCUGACUGUUUAUUGAAUUCUUUCACUCUGGACACAACUACCACCACCAAAUUGAUUAGUAAGUCAGAAAAGUAACCUUGUUAUUAACGUCUCCACUGUUUAUUUACUGCUUUUUAUUUGGUAAAUACUGUAAACUGGAAAUGUUCCACAAAUCGAAUUCUGCUUGGGGCCCCACACGAUCUUGGGCCGGCUCUGAUGAUAGUGCACCACUGUUCCUAGUUUUGUGUUUUGUUACAUUAUAUAUAACAACUGUAUUUUAUGUAAGUAAAACAUUAUUGUAAUUAAUUAUUUUUUGAUAAAAUGUACAGAUUAUGAAGAGGUUUGAUUAUUUUUUUCAGACUUUUACUGAUGCAGCUGUUUUUUACUCUACGUAUGUGGCACCUGAACAAUAAACAAACUCGAACCGUGGGAA